CAUUUUCAAGAAAACGUCACCCAACUUUGAUCAAAAUUUUAUCCAUCUGUCGCAGUAAGUCUUACAACUAUUCGAACGAACCACGCUACUUUCAAAAUCUUCGUUCGAGAAAAUUACGUUUUACAAAUCAACAAUGGGUCCAAAUUUCAAAGGCGGCUUCAAGUUCACCUUAUUCUCACUCUUCAUCGCACUCCAUUUAACAAAUCGAUUCGUGGUGGCAGAUUUGCCUAAUACGGAUCUCAGGAAGGCAAUUUCUUGCAUGAGACAAUUCUUUGGAAAGCCUUCCCUAGAAGGAUACACUUUUCUGGGAGAAUACACGUCUUUAACAGACGGAGAAUAUUCCGGAAUUCUUUGCCCAGAGGUUGAUACUGAAGAGCUUCAUGACUUGAUUCGCAACAAUGCUCAGGGAGAUUAUGAAGGAAAUGCCAUAAAAGAAUGUUUAGCCAAGGCCAAUAGUGAAAACCUAUUUGAACAUUACGUCAAGUUAGGGCAAAAAUCUGAAGAAGCUGAAGAGCAUGAAAAACCAGCUGUAACUAAAGAUCACCAGACUCCAUCAACACAGAACUCAGAUUUACAAAGCCCUGCUGAAAAAAUGGCAGAGCAUGAAAAACCACAUGGAUCUGAAGAUCAUCAGACUCCAUCAACACAAAACUCAGAUUUAUUGAAUACUCCAGCCGUAAAUUUCAAAAUAGGAGUGUGUCAAUCUAAAAUAGAAACCGAGUUCAGUAGAUUGACAGAUGAAAAAGAGAAGAAGGAAACGGUUCAAUGUUUGACGAAAUGUGCCAAUAAUUUCAUGCGCAGAAUCACAGACUAUUUAAAUAGUGUAGUACAACAAGUUAUGAGUUCGCCAUUAAAUAAACAGAUCCAGAGUGACCCUAAAAUGCUGGAAUAUAUUCCAAAUUCCUCGCAGGAAUUCACCAAAAACAAAUUUUAUUCGGAACUCGACAAAAAGAAUGAAACACUGAGUAUCGUUCCAAUCACCCAAGUUGGGAAAGAGUAUCUAAUUACUUACAGUAAACUAUACAUAGCCCUGAAUAAGUAUGUAAAUGACAGAGUCAGAAAAUCAAUUGCUGAUCUGGAUAACCUUGAUCGUCACUUAUUCAUUAUGCUCCAGGUGUAUCAAGACUGUGGUCAAUUAGACUGUGCCAUGGGUUUGAACAGUACUCCGCUCUACAAUUUAAUCGAAUCUGGAGCCCAAGAUUCGUACUGGAAAAUUCUGCAGGAAUUUACAAAUGAUAACGAAGACUUGAGGAAUUGGAUGGACCGCCAAACAGGCGAUUGGAAAACAUUUUGCAAAGCGUUCAUAGAAUAGAAAUAAUUUGUUUAGGUGCAGCUGCUAUUAAAUUGAUAAAUUUAGGUAUAAUUCUGUUAUGAUUAGAAUUACGAGUAGGUACAUAUUUGUCUUUAAUUUAAGAGUGCCUGUAAUGAGUUUUUAUAACGUUUAAGUAUACUGGCAUCUAUUAAUUAUACUCACUGGAUAUUGGUAUUAUAGUAAGUACCCUGUAAGUUAAAUUAUUUGAAUAAAUUCAGCCUCUUUUAA